UCAUACUCACAGGCGUAAGCCAGAAGCCGCACUCCAUCAUUACCGGUCGGCAUUGUUGCUCGUUAUGCUUUUACUACUCUAGCGUUUCCUGUGGUGAUGUUGUGCCUGGUUAACGGACUCUGAAUUAAUUUGUGAAAAAGAACGGUGAGUGACAUUGCUCACGGCAGUGUAUUUGUUAAAGACAAUCUUUGCGUAGUGUCCUGGGCUUCAAUAAAUGUAUGUUGCUAUUUCUUUUGUUAAUUUUCGUUACAAAAGCAACUUUACUAAGAUGGCUCCUUGCACCACGUCUACAUCGACCGGCGUGCUUUUUGAGGAGGAUAAACUUGAUAACGAAUUGACAAAUCACGAGUCAACAACGGAAAAAUACGAGGAAAAGGAAACAUACAAGGUCCAAUUCGUUUGGAGGAAUGUUGUCCUUUUCGCCCUUUUACACGUUGCGGCUUUGUAUGGUGUUUAUUUAGUUUUCACAUCGGCAAAACUUGCAACAAUGAUAUUUGCAAUCUUCCUCUAUCAAGUAUCUGCAUUAGGAAUCACAGCUGGAGUUCAUAGACUUUGGGCUCAUCGAUCUUACAAAGCUAAAUGGCCAUUGCGAUUACUUUUGACAUUAUUCAACACUAUAGCUUUUCAGGAUGCUGUUGUGGAUUGGGCUAGAGAUCAUAGAAUGCAUCACAAAUAUAGUGAAACAAAUGCUGACCCACACAAUGCAAAAAGAGGAUUCUUUUUUGCACACAUUGGCUGGUUACUUGUUCGUAAGCACCCUGAUAUCAAGGAGAAAGGAAAGCAGAUUGAUAUGAGUGAUUUGUACAAGGAUCCUAUUCUCAAAUUCCAGAAAAAGUACUAUAUGAUAUUAAUGCCAUUGUUUUGUUUUGUUCUUCCAACAAUAAUACCAGUUUAUUGUUGGAAUGAAUCUUGGCAGAAUGCUUAUUUUAUUCCCACUCUUUUACGUUAUGCAUUUACCCUUAAUGUAACAUGGUUGGUAAAUUCUGCUGCUCAUCUUUUUGGAAACAAACCCUAUGAUAAAUACAUUAAUCCAGCCGAAAAUAUCAGUGUUGCUCUCAUGGCACUGGGAGAAGGUUGGCACAAUUAUCAUCAUACAUUCCCAUGGGACUAUAAAACUUCUGAGCUAGGAGAUUAUUGGGUCAAUUUCACAACAGCUUUCAUUGAUUGCUUUGCACGAAUAGGUUGGGCUUAUGACUUGAAAACUGUGUCUAGGGAAGUUAUAAAAAAACGAGUUCUUAGAACAGGAGAUGGAAGUCAUGAUCUCUGGGGUUGGGGUGACAAAGAUGUAAGCAAAGAAGAUCAAGAAGCAACAAUCAUUGUUCAGAAAAAAUUGUGAUUAAUUAGCUUAAAUAUAUUAAAUAUAUUUAUUUAAAAUAAGAAUUUUAUUUACAAAAAAAUCAAAUUUUUUUUGCAAGCAAAAUUCUUAUGUUAUCUCUCCUUUAUUGCAGUUUCUAAGAGAAUGUAACUUAAAGAGAAUUUUGAGCUAACUUUUGA